UGGCGUUACGUGUGAUGCUUUGAAACUCUGACUAUAGUUUUUUGAAAACUUCGUCUACCAGAAUUUUGAACUACGGCUAACACUGUACUAAACACUGACUAAACCUUUGGUAAUCAGAAAGGAUGUGUCAUAUAUAAGUGACUAGAUCUAGAGAAAAACACCAUAAAGAUUACAAAAUGUGAUAGACAGCCGGUAAUAUGGGGUGAAGAAAUACUUACAGCUAAAUAAAGAGGAGCCAUUUUAGUGACAAGAAGUGUUAUUCAACUAAUAAAGGGAAGAUGAAUGUGGUUGCUAGUCAGCUAUUCUGCAACAGGAAAUGAAGACAGUUGAGGAAUUCUGAGUGUCUGAGGGCUACUCUCCAUCGUCGUCCAGAUAAAAGGAAUUUAAAAGCUUGAAGAUUCUCCCUAAAGAAAGUGGUUUCAACAUGACCAUCACUUACACGCAUAAGGUUUCCGACUGCAAGGGCUUCGGGUCGUUUUGGAGGCUUCUGUUCAGAUGGAAAGGCAGUCUUUACAAGCUGGUUUGGCCUGAUACUCUGGUCUACUGCUUCCUGUAUUUCAUCUGUUCCAUGGUCUAUAGAUUUGCCCUGGACGAUGAACAGAGAAGGAUCUUCGAACACCUCUCCCUCUACUGCGACUACUUCAGGAACCUCAUCCCCAUCUCCUUCGUCCUGGGCUUCUACGUGAGCGUCGUGGUGCAGAGGUGGUGGGAGCAGUACCUGUCUAUCCCGUGGCCCGAUAACUUCGCUCUCUUUUGCUCUUCUUAUAUCAGUGGCCAGAACGGACCCCCACGCCUGAUAAGAUCAACGAUGCUAAGAUACGUGAAUUUAAACUGCGCUCUGAUCUUCGCCAAAAUUUCCCCGACGGUCAAGAAAAAAUUUCCUUCUUAUAAGGAUCUGAAAGAAGUUGGAUACAUGACAUCCAACGAAAUGAGAAUUCUGGAGGCACAGGGAUCGAAGUCCAGGGUCCCUGUGGUGUUCCUGCCUCUCCUGUGGGCGUGCAAGCUGGUAGAGCGAGCCAGGACCGCGGGUUACAUCAAGGACGACUUUGGGGUGAAGCUCCUGCUGGAGGAACUGGGUAGUCUGAGGAACAAGAGCGGGAUGCUGCUGCGCUGGACGGAGAUCAGCAUCCCUUUGGUGUACACGCAGGUGGUGACUAUGGCUGUGUAUUCCUUCUUCUUCUUCUCCGUCUUGGGUCGCCAGUUCCUCGACCCCGCGCAGAACUAUAGCAACCGGACCAUUGAUUUCUUCGUGCCAGUGUUCACCUUGUUGCAAUUUUUCUUCUAUAUGGGCUGGCUCAAGGUGGCCGAGUCGCUCGUCAACCCUUUCGGAGAAGAUGACGACGACUUCGAGAUGGAUAAGAUUCUUGAUCGCCAUCUUGAGAUGUCUUACCUCCUUGGGAACAUCACGACACUGGAGGACCCGACCGACCAGGAGGACAUGUGCUGGGACAAGACGUUCUCUCAGCACCUCGACGACGGCGACCUCGGCCUCUUCAGCACCCCGACGCGCCCCCCGAGGCCGUCCUUUACCCAGAAGGAACAGCUGAUCAAGAGGGCGUCGACGGGGAGUCAGCCGGGCGCCCCGAGCAAGCAGCAGAACCUCCUCAGCAGACAGCACUUGACUCUCGAUAUCCAGACGGAGUCGCCGAAGAGUGGGACUUCCUCACUGCACCGAGGACGACGUCUGAGUCAAGGUCAGCCUAUUAUCAAGGAGGACCUCCUGUCUGACGAAGGGGAGGACGCGGAGAGCGAGGGACUGGCCCAGACUCCGACGUCUCAGAACAGGAAUCCUUUUGACUUCAUGUGGGAGGAAAUGGAUGUGAGUCCUACAAGUGAGAUUCUGUGUCCUAGCAGACCAGUGAAACAAUCCUCAUCGCUGCCUCCAGGCUUCGAAAACAGACCGCCCCUGAGAGUGCCCGAGACCGCUUCAGACCCGAAGACCGAAACCAAAGGCCACGUAAACCCAGGCUUCGAACCAACGAACCCGAGAACAUCCCCAGCGACCUUCAGGAACCACGUCGAGGGCAUCACCAACCCGAGGUAUUCUCCCGAAGUGCCGCCGUCAUACCCCCCCGAGAGUCCUGCGAACGAUGCCCACCUUCGGGCCGAUACCCAGCGACUCCACGCUCCGGGCGGAGGCCACAUCGGCGCCCUCAGGAAGGUCCCGAGCAGUCCUUCCAGUCUCGCGCAAAGGAAAUGAGAACUGAAGACACAGAAGAAGUUUUCUCAUUUCUUCCCUUUGAAGCUGACUACUCUCGGCGCCCACGCUACGCCCUCCAAAGACACCCUUCACUACACCCCACUGCAUAAGGUGUACCUACAUGUA